AUGUCUUCUGAGCAGACAUAUGAAUCCGACCUCCGCAGCGCUGCUCAGGACUACAAGCGCGAUGCAGAACAGAAGGCCAAAUGGGGCAUGGGCGCUGCCUUCACGAAGGGCCGAGGCGACAACCCCAAGCCUGUGAAGAGAUCAAAGACGUAUUCCUACCGUCACGCUGAGAAGAGCGGUCUCUUCUGCGCCGUCUACGUUCCUGGCAAAGCAAAGAUCGCUCGCAAGCAAGAUAUGCUCGCUGAUGCCGACGAGUAUGCUGGCAACUCCGAGGACAGCAGCAGUAAUUCCGACAACGAAGCCACAACUCCGUCCACUCCUUCCGAGAUCCUCUACGGCUUUGACAACCUUCGCGUCCCUUCCCACGGAAGCCAGAUCCUCAACACCGCCCUCGCGAAGGCUAUCGAGCAGUAUGAAGACAAGGAGACCGUCAAACUUGUGCGCAACGAGUACGAAAUCCUUGACGCCGAUGAAGAGGAGGCUCACAACCUUGGCCAUAUCUCUGCCAAACCCAAGCUCUUGGAUGCCGAGGACGCAGAGUACGAAUUUGUCUGA